CAAAGACUACUCAAGCCGGAAGGACACGACUUCUCUCAACUCAGUUCAUUUAUCGAAAGGUUACGAAGUUCAUUUCUCGCCGCUCUACGCUCAAUAGAUCGUYGUUUGCUGUGAUGGAACAUUCAAGAGAGAAUUUUUACGUGUAUAAAUAAUUCAAGACAUUUUGGCCGUGAGGAGUGGAACAAUAUUUCGUCCACCUGGUUUUUGGCGUUUCGUGUAAAUAUUUUCUCUGGUAUACAUUACACAAAAUAUUAUCAAGRCUUAUCCAAGGACAACGGCUUAAUGUAUUUGAGACGCGGUUCAUUCAAUGAUUGCACGUACUUUCAAUCUGCUGCUGUUUGUUGAAUUAUCAUUCAAAAUAUCUGUKAAACAUUAGGAUUAUCUUCGAAAAUCAGACCCUAAUUCUGGAGUGACACUCGUUACAACAAAGUGGGUUCAGUAGCCAUAUGUCAUUAUUUUUCGAAACCUUCUAAUGUAAAAACUGUAGCGAAAAAUCAAACAGUCACGAUGGAUGUGCAGAUCUUUCGAGGCAGAGCAACGGUUCAGAAAGGACUGCUUGGCCGGCGUUUGGARAAUCGGACAGAACAUCGUUUGGCUCGCUACRCUGGAGAAGAAAAUACCAAAACGGCAGAUGUUAUGACGAGGUGUUUUGUCGCGUCUUCCGGAGAUGGUUCAGCGAAGGAGUAUGAUCCGAGGCAAAAUGUCCCCUUUGAGUACCACGCUAGAACCGAAAUAAACCCCGAAUUCAUGAGUUUGGCUGACAUUUACGAAGGAGCUCUUCGCAAAGUCCUCAACUUACAGCUCAACCUCAAGAUCGAAGAACACCCUCGUUUUCAUGACCUAACCCAUGACGUCACCUACAAAGACAAAACAUCUCCACCCAGACCUCGAGCGAUUCGUAUUGAAGACGCGAACCAAAGAGAAGAAUAUCGCCACCCAAGACGAGCCAACGAGAACGAAAACGACCCGAGGGUGACCCCCCAAGGACAUAAUGUGCUCCGAAAAGUUGGUGAACGUAGCCCUGCUGAGGGCUCGGCAUUCCAUGUCCCUUCUAAACGGCGUUACGAUGGUCAUAAUUUCACUUCCAUGGAGCGUGAGCAAGAUCUCCCGGUUGAUCGUUUUGGGGUCCCCAGCAGACAUGUUGGACCAGAUUAUCCAGGGGAAUAUAGUCCAUCACACUACCACCCUCACCUAUAUGGUCCUAGGAUGAACCAAAUUGGAGGUCCCAGACUAGGCCAUUCGUUCAUGGAACCAAGGAACGUGGUACGUGAAACGUAUUCUCGAUACUCGAGUCAUCACAGAGAAAUCCCUCCAUUGUUUCCAGUCCACUGCUCGACGUCGGAUCGCGACGGACUAACAACGGCGCGGAGUACUGAACUCGAGGGGCGCGAACUUAGAUGCCCGGAUCUUUCAAGGAUAAAUGGCCUACAUCUAAAAUAUACAAACUCGAAAAUGCCUAUCGCGAAAUUCGAACAAGAAGAAAAGGAGAAUCUUGAAGAAACUUUUAAUAGAGCAAGCAAAAGCUUAAGUAUUCAUACUUCGACUUCACCUUCGUCUCCCGGAUGUAAGUCUCCUCGUGCCGACCAUGUUCAACCGUACGGACGUCAUACGCGACCAAACUCAAACACGGCAACAAACGGCGUAGAGGACAAAAACAACGACAAGCCGAACGGAGAAAUAGACAAAGAGAAAAAACAAUCAAACGGAGAAGAAGAAGGAGAAAAAGAAGAGUUUCUAUCAAGCUUAGGUCUAGCUAAAAUAUUUUAAAAGGAUUUUUUAUUAUGACAUUAAACUAAACCUUUCCAUCGUUCUUUGCGAAAAGCGAGUUUUGCCGGAUAAAUAUACAAAAUGGCGGCCAUGUCGUUGGGCAUAAGUAGAAAGAAGCAGAGAAAUACUAGUUACUAUAAACAUCUUAAAAUUGUAAUCAGGAUUCAUUAUUUCGAUAACAUUUGGUUUGUCUCUGAUUAUCAAUUUACGAUAAAUGCUUCAUAUGGUAAAACAUAUCUAUAAGCUUAUUGUUUUCUGCCGAAUUAUUGGUUUAAAAUAUUUAGGCAGAAUACUUGCUUCUUUUUUAAACGUCUUUAAACGAGCGGAAAUCAUAUGGGGUCCGAGUUAUUCCAUUAAAAUCUAUCGCCCUCGUAUAGACAUGACGAGUAUGACCUCAGAACUUUGUAUUCAUAAAAUUCCAACUAAAAAGUCAUGUCAAUCUACGCUCUAUUCUAUCAAGAGCCAUACAUAAAACUUUCUAAAUGAUUUGUGAUAUAUACCUACUUUACAAGGCUAUACAAAUUACCAAAAACCUACGAAACAGAAACCGCUAUGGAUUAUGGGAAACAUCAUAUCAGACAAGCGAAGUUUUUGAUACAAACUGAAGCUUGAUGAUGCUCAAAGUAGGUCAAACUGUAAUUAGUCAAAUUAAAGAUGCACCAGUAGUUAUCAAGCGAAGAUGUCAUCACCUACCCAUAGCCCUUUGCGGUAUCAGCUCUGUAGUUUUGUUUUGUUAUGUUUUGUUUUUUUGACGACUAUCUCUUACUGGAAAAUGAUCAAAAAAACCAAUUGCUAUUUGCAAAACGAAUGCGAAUUACGGCGAAAGCAAACCAUAAAGGUAAGGCAUCGGAUUUUUUGCCUUCAAUUACUGCACUUUUCAUAAACAUGCGAACUCUGUGUCUCCGAGGUGAACGCUGAAAUUUGGUUUUUCGCUGCCGUCAAUCAAACCUAAUCAGUCGGUACCUUUCAUAUUUUUGGUUUACGGCAGCGAAAAAACWAAUUUCAGCGUUCACCUCGGAGACACAGAGAUCGCAUGCUUAUGAAAAGUGCAGUAAUGCAUUGUAAAGUUAAUAAGUUUAUUUAACUUGUCGUUACUUUAUAUCUAAGUAUAUAUAUAUAUUUCCAUUAUAAAAUACUUAAUAAGAAAACAACACUCAAACGUUAUAUUGAAUGCGUAAUAAAUAUAUAAAAUACA